AUGUCAAGUCCUCGCAGCCCGCUCUGGGCGGCUGCCUUGUUGACUCCUUUCGUACUCGCUUCAGCUGAUUUGAGCUCAAGUUGCAGCUCAGCAGCUAUAUCAAAACCCGUCCUUUUUGGUACCGAGAUACUCUCAAUCACCGCGAAUCCAGUUUUCAAUCAAUCGAACCCCCCUCCAGUAUUACAGUUGAACCCACUGCCAGAGACAGAUGACCUUUUCAGCUUCUGCAAUGUCACUGUCACCUAUACACACCCUGGACAAGGAGACAAAAUAGCAACACAAGUCUUUCUCCCACUCGAAAAUUGGAAUAACCGCCUUCUCGGCCUUGGCGGCGGUGGGUUUGGAACCCGACUGCCAAGCGACGAUAAUCUUCUGAACGCCGUUGCGAGUGGUUAUGCAGCUGUGAAUACAGAUGGAGGACAUGAUCCCAACCUCAUAGGAGUGGGGGAGUGGGCUCUUAAUAGUCCAGGGAAUGUUGACCUUUACGCUCUGAACAAUUUUGCACAUGUUGCAUUAUACGAAACUUCCGGCAUUGGCAAGGCUAUCGCGGCUUCUUUUUAUAAAUCGGAGCCCAAGUUCUCUUACUUUGCUGGCUGUUCCACUGGCGGUCGACAAGCGAUGAUGCUGGCGCAGCGCUAUCCCACCGCUUAUGACGGAUAUCUCUCGAGCUGCCCAGCUAUAAACUUCGGCACGUUCAUCAUGGCAGAAAUCUGGGCUUACGUGGUCAUGAAAACUGCGAGCUCACCUGUACCGGUUUGUGUUCUCGAAAAGUUUACCGCUGCAGCAAUCGAGGCUUGUGAUGGGUUAGACGGUGUUGUUGACGGCGUCGUCGAUGACUACCGAAAGUGUACAUUUGACCCAUUUGACAUCGUGGGGCAAAAGGUCGAUUGCGACAGUUCUGAGAUAGUCAUCUCUUCCGAUGAUGCAGACGUUGUCCAACGUAUCUGGGCAGGCCCUCGCUCAAAGGAUGGGGAGUUCUUGUGGUAUGGCUUUACUCCCGGUUCUCCACUCACCAUAGUCGCCAAUUCACAAUGCGACUCGGAUAAUAAAUGCACCGCCCUUCCAUUCUUUCUUGCAGGAGAAUGGGUGAAGUUCUUCCUUAAGAAAGAUCCCAACUAUGACCUCUCCAGUAUCACACGAGAGGAAUUCUAUGACCUGUUCCACGAGUCGCAAAAUUGGUAUCGGUCCAUAAUUGAAACCGAUGACCCAGAUCUAUCUGGACUUGAGCGUUCCGGUGGUAAAAUGAUCAGUUGGCACGGCAACAUUGACGAGGUAAUCCCCAUGCGUGGCACAAGUGACUAUUAUGAUCGAGUGCGUGCUCUGGAUCCCAGAGUUGAUGAGUAUUACCGUCACUUUGAAGUUCCAGGUGUAGGACAUUGCUUUAGUGGUCCAGGUGCUUUACCCAAGACUGCGCUGGAUACUUUAAUCCGCUGGGUCGAAGAUGAUGUCCCUCCAAAGUCAUUGCCAGGUGAAAUGGUGGAUCCUGAGAGCAAUAAAACUACAUACAGAGACCAUCCUGCUUAUCAUAUACAGCAAAAGGGGGAAAAGACCGAGGAGGAGAAGGAGUGGGAAAAGAUAGACCGGGAAAAGAUGGAGCGGGAAGAGGAGGAGGAGGAGUGGGAGAGGAAGACGGAAUUGUAA